AUGAGGGGAAACUUGCACGAAACUGCGCUGGAGCCUACGAACACCGAUGUUAACGAACUUCGUAGAGCUGAAGAUAGCGCGCACCAAAAUACAGACAGCAAUGGUGCCAGUGCACGGGAGGAACCUAUACUCGGGAAAGUGACGAAGUUUGUGGACUCUAAUUUGUCUAUAGUCAGGGUGUCGAUCUGGACGUGCAUGGCCAUAGGCGUGGCUCUGAUAUUCAACAGCUUGGGGGCCCACAUCAAGUACACGCGUGCGGAAGACAUCCCCGCAAGCGAGUACGAACGCCAUUCAAAGUUUCGUGGUGUCGUGGUCAGCGCCUCACUGCAACACCUGGUGCCAGCCAAGCCAACAGACAGCCCGGCUGAAGGAGAUAAAGCAUCUGCGUCCACCGCGUCAAACAAGAGUCACGAUACCGUGUCUGGCGAAGCUUCUCAUCAAACAGUUCCUGUGCUGUGGGUAGAACACACCCCGUGGGCGUGGAGGCUGAUGGGGGCCUUGCGCAGAAUCAUUGGACGGCGACCACACACGAUAAACACUGGGACCGACAGUCCUCGGCACGGGGUGGCCAUUGUACCGAUGGGGAUAGAGCCACAUGUGACGGGAGGCACUUCCCAAUGGCUGCGAGACAAUGUGGUGGGCCGUUCAGUGGCGGUCAGUCUGAUGUCGCCACAUAAAUUCAUCGACGAAGACACCAGCGGUGAUCACGACCCUUCGCCUAUCCCCGGCACCAAACUGCCAGAGAUCAGCGAUACAGCCCACGCUACCAAACACUUCGUACAAGCACCCCCCACAUGUGCCAUUGCCUCGGUUACCUACACACCGAAGUCCAUGCUCAGUCUCCUGCGGCCGAGGAAGAAUGUGUCCUGGGAGCUGUUGCGCAAUGGGCUGGGGACGGCUAUCAACACGGUCCCGGUCGCAUCACAGGCAAGCUCGGAUGCAAGCACCAGCCGUUUUGUGACUGAGUGUAUCCGCCACGAGAUGUUAGCCCAGAAGCAGAUGAGAGGCAUGUGGGCCAACCCACAGUCACCGAGUUAUACGGAUAAUUUCUUAUCUGCCGCCUCCAGUGCCAAACACAGCGUCAGACAGGUCAUGACAAAACCAGUCUGGUGGAACCGAGUAAAACAAAUACUCCGGCCGUAG